CUUCAGGGUGUUUGAUUACAUCAGUCAUGGACGCGGCCGAGGAUAGAGAGGUCAAGCUGCAGCGCGUCUCUGGCGACCUUCUUCAAGAGUUCUCCGCCAAACUCCCGUCGCUCCUCUGGAAAUCCCAGCCCGAGCAAGGCAACACUCGUAUUCCACGGAGAUGGACCCCGGCCGCAAAAACGGAGAGGCUCGUAGGCCUGUUGGAGCCCUUUCAGGAGUGGCCGCAGCUGCUGGACCCCCACUUGUCAACACUUCUUCCCCCUUUAGUUGAUGCAUUUCUGGCGUACCUGCUGAAGCAUCGCGAUCAGUACGCGGCCAAAGCUGCAGACUCACAGCGACAGAAGACAGCCUAUCCACUUCCGAGAGCCAUCUGCCGUCUGCUCUACACCUUUUGCAAGGUCCGCGGCGUCAAAGUCAUUAGCAGGUUCUUGAACAAUGAACCGAAGUACCUUGACCCGCUACUCCGGGCGUUCAUCGAAUGGGAUGCUGUUGCCCAAGGCGAACCCGAACUAGGUAUUGGGGACAUUCCACUGCGAUUGGUGUGGGAAGAGCGUUAUGUGAUGCUGAUCUGGAUCUCACACUUGUUGCUUGCCCCCUUUGAUCUGGCUUCGAUGUCAUCAGACGAUAUCCCGAUUCCAUAUGACAACCUAGGGCAACUCCAAGAAGUCCCCGCUCAGACACCCACGGUGACAAAGUCACUUCUCUCUGUGGCAUUGAACUAUGUAAACGUCUCUGGAAAAGAGCGUGAAGCUGCCACCGUCGUCCUGGCACGACUUGUGCUUCGGCGUGAUAUGCAAGCACUUGGGCUUUUGACUAAUUUGACGGACUGGGCAUUCUCGACUGUUCAGCCUGCCGGUGAUGCGGAACCCCCCUCUGUCUACACAUGUAUUGGUGUCCUGUCCUUCGUCGCUCGCUUAGGGGCUUCGGGUCAGGUGGAGGACUUUGCGCCGCUGGUGACCCCUGUUUUCGAGCAGACCUUGAAGGUCGUCCAAGGCAAUUCCAGGGUCUCUGAUGUGAUCAACUCGUCUGCCUUGGCACGGAAGACUAUCAUCAAGAUUCUGCGCGCGGUAACUGUUAUGGCCUUGUCGCUCAGCGAGAGGGGCAGUAAUGCAAUCUCGGAUGAUCAGGUUUCCACUAUCUUGGAGGAUGCGAUAGAUCAUUUCCUCGUAGCUCUUGCUGAUAAGGAUACUCCCGUACGCUUCGCAGCAAGCAAGGCCCUGAGUAUCAUCACUCUGAAGCUGCAUCCGGACAUGGCCACGGAGGUCAUUGAGGCUGUCACCGGCUCUUUGGAGGAGAACAUUCUCUACGAAAAGCGGGACGGGACGAUUGUGACACCGCUGGAGGCACGAAGAAUCGGGAUCAACACGUUGAAACGAAAUUUGAGCGCGGUUGACGCUCAACGAUGGCAGGGACUGAUCCUGACGCUCGGCCAUCUCCUGUUUCGCCGUGCUCCCCCUACGCACCAACUUGGUGAUGUUCUCCAACCGCUUGUUUCGGGUCUCGACUUCGAACAACGGUCAUCAACUGGAAGCUCUGUCGGAACUGGUGUGCGUGAUGCCUCGUGUUUCGGCAUCUGGUCCCUGUCCCGCAAGUACACCACCCAGGAACUGCUUGCUCUGAAACCCCAGACGAUCAGCACGGCCACAGCGCAAGGCGAAGAAGAAAAUACACUACAAAUGCUCGCCAUCGAGCUGGUGUGUGCCGCGUGCGUUGAUCCGUCUGGAAAUAUUCGGAGAGGUGCUUCGGCAGCACUGCAAGAGCUAAUCGGACGUCACCCCAAUACCAUCGCCGAGGGUAUAUCGCUUGUACAGGUGGUGGACUACCACGCGGUUGCUCGGCGCUCAAGAGCAAUGAUCGACGUCGCCAAAGCAACAGCCGAUCUCAGCCAUCAUUACUGGAGCCCCCUUGUUGAGUCAUUGAUGCACUGGCGCGGUAUUGGCUCCCCUGAUGCAGAAUCUCGCAGACAUGCGGCGAAGGCGAUCGGAGUCUUGAGCACGCAUCAGUCCUACAAGACUAUCCAACAAGUUUUCCAACGACUGUUGGGCAGAUUGUCUAGCAUUCCACGCAGUGAUGUAGAGACGAGGCAUGGCUGUAUCUUGGCUAUUUCUGCCACCAUUGAUGCGUUCAACCGCCAACGUGAGAUGCAUGCUGACGACAUAUCGGACGCGAUGAGUGUGGUGGGUCAAAUUGCCAAGGUCUGGGAGAUAUUUGGCUCUCCAGUUGGACCUACCAAAGACGACCUUACGCUUCAGACAUUCCGCCCAGAAUUGACAGCUGAAGCUUCUUCACGCCUAAUCUACUCUCUUGCUCAGUCGGUUACUUUGGCACUUGAACCGCGGAUUCCUCCCCCAUCGACAGAUCUGCUUGAUAAAGCUCGUGAAACACUCCUGCUCUGCAUUUCACGGGGCGAAGAUAUCUCCAUUGAGAGCUCCUCUAAUGCAGUAUCAGAGCUGCUACCUCUAUUGUCCCCUGCAGAACAGGAGAAGAUGAUCCAGGGGUGGUUUUCACACAUCCACACUACUUGGAACCUUCCAACGGGUCGUGGCCAGAUCACAGCCCUGGGAACCGUCUUUAGACGGAUUGAACCAGAGAGCCUUCUUCGAAAGUCCAUUAUAGAGAGCAUCAUACAGUGUGCAGAGAAGGAGGAACUAAUUGAGAAAAGAGUAGCCGCUGUUAAGAGUCUGGCUACCGGCGUUCUGCCGUAUAUAGAUGUGACCGACGAUAUUGUAGAGCAUCUCGUCCGAUUCUUGAACGACUAUACAACUGACAGGCGGGGAGAUAUUGGGUCGUUGAUCCGACUUGAAGCAAUCCAAGCCGCUCAGACGGUCCUAGAACGAGGGUCAGCUACCGAUCAAUUACCCAGGGUGCAGGAACUUGUUGGGUGCCUCUGCCGACUUGCAGCGGAGAAGCUUGACAAAGUACGGGUGCAGGCUUGGAUCUGUCUUCAGGGCUAUUGGGAGACAACCCAGGGCUUUCCGCCAUUGACAAGGAAAUACGAGCACUUCAGCCAUGUAUCCUCGGUGGAGUAUUUGCUCCAACUGCUCGAUUUGCAGAACAUUGACUGGCUACGACAACCGCUGUUCCAAGGUCUCGCAACCUCUGCGGUUGCCGGCAGCGAGGGACUGAUCCGGUCUUCUCGCUCUGCCUUGGUGCAGAGUAUUCAGGAGACAGGGCAGCAGAACGCGGCGAUGGUCAUCAUCAAGGACUUGACGACGAUAUUAGGGGAGAACCUACAGGAUGACCGAUACGCGAUCCCCGUGCUGGAGCUGUUGGCUUUCCUAUUAGACGGGUUUGUCUGUUCUAUUCCGGACGAGUCGGUUCCGAGUCUCCGGAGGCUAUUUGUGCUCGUUCAAAAAGCCCACUUCAAGUCGUCAAACAUGGCACGACUCGAAGCUGCCGUGCGCACUUAUGCACCUCUCUCAAGAAUGGAACAGCUGCAUACGGAUGUGCUCAAGAAGAUGACGGCGAUGCUUCUGCACCCGUUCCCUAGAGUGCGGAACACCGUGGCCGAGUAUAUUUUUAUGGAGACCGAACUGGAUGCAGUCAAACUUGAAGAUUGGAGCAAACCGACCAAGCAACUGAAAGAGCAGGUGGACAAGUUGAGGGAGACGUUGAAAUGCAGAUAGAUAGCAGCUUCGCUUGCUUUAUAGACAACUCGAUACCAUCUUCCCGUCCGACUUCUCCCGGCACCAAUCCAAAAUAAUCAAAC